AUGCCCAUCAUCAGAGUUAGUGAUAAAGAAAAAAUAAAACUGUUAAAAGUAUUAGACUCUCGUAAACCAGUUGCGUGUGCGUUCAGAAAUUGGGACUUGUGCGAGUAUCCAGUUCUCCCUCAGAACACUUCUCAUUCGUGGACGGUAAAAUCAAGCAGUUUGUUGGAGAAACCUAGAUUUGCAUUAAUCGGACUUCAAACCAAUCGAAAAAAUAAUUUAUUUAAUCCAUCAGGACGAUUCGAUCACUGCUAUUUGAAAAACCUAAAAGUACAUUUAAACUCUGAAGUAUAUCCAUAUGAAGAUUUUCGUGCAGAUUUCACAAACAAUGUUACUGCUAUAUUGUACAAGACAUAUGCUGAAUUCCAGAAAUCGUACUACGAGAGAGAGUAUAGUGACCCUUUACUUCCUAAAAAUAUUUUUCAACAAUUUGUACCUAUCGAAGUCGUGGAUUUAUCACGACAGAAUGACAACGUAAAAUCAUCGACUAUAGAUUUACGAAUUGAAUUCGAAACAGACAAGGCCAUUCCAGCAAAAACGGCAGCUUAUUGUCUCAUUUUACACGAUCAAAUUAUAACUUAUAACCCGUUUAAUGGUGAUGUAAGGAAAUUGUAA